AUGAAUACUUGGGGAGAAUACUUUACGGAAAAGUUAGAUGAUUUAUAUAAUAUGGCUACUGAUUCUAGUGGUGCAGUUAUACCAGAAAAUGUACUGACAGAGUUACAAGAUGAGCCCUUUGGUCCGUUAAUGGUAAAAAUGUACAAGUUUUUCAAUUGCAGCGCAGGACUGAAUCUGUAUCUUGGUGUUUUAUGCAUUGUGGUUCUACUGGCCUAUUUACUGAUCAAUCAUGAGAAUUAUUAUAAGUACAACCCCCUUCUUACUAUAGGAUACUGUCUUUUGUUCUUCAAAAUUGUAUUCUAUGCAUACACAUGUGGUGUAAUGUCAAGUCUCAUUGGAGAUGUUUCACCUGCUGGUAGUCUACCAAUAUACUACAACAUUUUAUACCUGUAUGGUGCUGGGGUUUUGUUUGUUGAAUUUCUGAUGCUGGGACUUUUACAAGACCUGCUUCUUUUGGAUAGAAAGACAAGAUUUACAUUUUUGUUCAAGGACCCCUUUGUGAUUCUUCGUACUCUAAUUAUUGUGGGACUUUAUUAUACUUUCUUGUCGAUUCCAGCAAAAAUUGACCUAAAAGGAAUGAUUAUUGUUGUAAUAUCACUUGCAAUGCAACUAUUCUUACUCUAUAUCUUACCAAUCAUCCUUCACUUUUCCGUAUCCAUAGUUGUUAAAUUUAUAAAGAAAGUUACAUAA